CUCAAAACCAUAAGCCGCUCGUGCAGUCGCCGCCAACCUCCCACCAUUUCUGCGCAGGUGUGUAUAUUAUGGAGGACAAGAGAACAGAAUAAGCAGGAUAGUAAUGAACUUUGAUGGAGCCGAUUUGUUUAAUGUACAAAAAGUUAAGAGAGCAGUUCAACAGCUUGGUGAUAAUGGCUUGAACUGCACAGUAUAGGAACAUCUGUCUCUGUCAACUAUAGAAAAUGUUGGCUGGCAGUUAUGGAUCUUUGAAGACUGCAGAGGAUGUUUCUGUUGAUAUACUUGAACUUCGCGAAGCAGGGACCUCAGGGUGGAGGCCAAAGAGGACCCUGAUGCCACUGAAUAUUCAAGCUCAUUUGCCGACACAAUUUCUGGAAAUGAGAAUGGUUCUAGUUUGAGCGAUGCUGAAGUUGAAUCAAAGUUAAUUCCUGACAUUUAUUUGGCUCCUGCAAGUGAUGAAUUUGGCAGCGUCUUCCCAAUAAGGAAGAAAAAAAUGACUGCUCAUUGGAGAAACUUCAUACAUCCGAUAAUGUGGCGAUGCAAAUGGGCAGAGUUGAGAAUAAAGGAGUUUGAGUCACAAGCAUCAAAAUAUGCCAGAGGGGUUUCUGUAAUUGACCGUGGGAAACAUAUGUUGUUAUAUAAACCAACAGUGGAACAGUUGGGAUCAAAGUCGCUGCCAUUUCCGCUUCAACGUCACAGAAGAAGGCCGAUGAAGAGGAGGAAAAGAAAAAGAGUGGAGAAUACAAUUGAUAUUGCAUCAUACAUGUCAAAUCAUAUCCUUUUCUCUGAGCGAGAAAAUAAGAGGCCUGAUCUGGAUGGAGUUCCUACAUGGGAGAAUAAUGACAAGCAUACAGGCAACCGUGAUGAGUUUGGCCUUGACGAUGAUUAUUCAUUUCAUGAAGAAAAUGAUAAUAUCCUAGAGCAUAUCCUCAGGAAAAUCGAGCUUGUGCAUACCCGGAUUCAUAAGUUGAGGACUCAACUUGAUGUAGUGUUGAUAAAUAACGCUAGCAGGUUUUCUUCCUCUGAGAACUUGAGCCAACUUAUGGGAGGUGAUGUACGUAGCCCUACAUUCUCUGCUUGCAAUGGAGAUGCGGUCUCUGCUGGGGGCCUGUGUUACGGACGUUCUCCGUAACGAGGCCGGAUGGCUAACUUCUCGGAGAGAUAAGGUGAUCG